AUGCCGAAGGACGAAGCGAUAGCGGAUCCGGCAGCCUUCGCAAGGAAUGAUGGACAGUUUGAGAUUGAGAAUGGACCCCGGGAGAAUGCCAGUACGAAGCUGCCGCACAACUCUCGAGACUUUGCGAAUGAAAUGAGUCCCCUUGGGGCAUGCGUGGCCGGUGCCAACAUCGUAGGGAAUGUGCCACCCAAGCCGAAGGCCGGUGUGUUUCAAUGGAAGACGGAAUUGCGGGGUAAUAGUAUGGAAACCGAUGGCUUGGUCGAUCCAAGGUAUGGUUAA